ACAGUGGGAGCGCUCACUAAGGAAGAUCCGAAGUCCACUAUCGGAAGUCGGAAGCAGGGUCACGGAGCGAAACAUUAUUGAGAUAACUGCUACGCACAAGCUUUGAGAAACGCAAUCAGAAUCAUCACAAGAUCAGAAAAGAAAACGCCAAAAUGGAACAGUCGUAUUCUGUGCAGAGUCCUUCGGAUCAGUCGGUUCAACCGCAUGUUAUCCAGUUCCUCCAGUCGUUCUACGCUGUUUCCGACACUCCCGGCGAGACCGACAAGUAUGUAGACAUGUUUGCAAAGGACGCGACAUUUGUCCUCGCAUCGAAGAAGGCUUCAGGUCAUGCUGAAAUCACCACAUUUAGACAAGGAAUGUGGGAGGCUGUGGCGUCGCGGAAGCACACUCUCAACAAGGUGUACCCGUUCGGCGCUGGUUCAGACGAGGUCAUGCUCCAUGGUUCAGUGGCUUUGCAGCUGAAGAAUGGCGGCUCGGCAGAGAUUGAGUGGGCUGGAAGAGCCGAGCUGGAAAAGACGGCCGCUGACGGAAAGUAUCGGCUCAAGUUUUACCAGGUGUAUUUGGAUACUGGAGCUGCGGCAGCAUAUAAGAAAUAGACUUAUAGAAAUAUAAUAUUGCUCG